AUGAUCAAUAGCGACGAGAACGCAGACGCUGCUGGGACGCAGAAAGAGAGCCCUCCCAAUAGUGCAGUAAAAAAUCCGGUGAACGACAAAGGAACAGAUGAGAAGAAAUCCGAAGAGUACGACGCAAAUGAAGACAACACCAAAAACAAGGGCGUUUGGUAUAAUGCCAGAACGAAGUGUUGGCUAGCUUGUGUCAAAGGGAGUGGCAGACACCUUCGUGUUUUUUCGGUGAAGAAACAUGGAUUUAAGAAAGCCAGAAUGCUAGCCGUUGAGUGUAAAAAUUCAGCCCUCAUUAAUUUUAACCAGCUGCCAAACGGGACCGCCAAAAGGGAAGCAAACGGGGCUGCGAAUAGAGAAGCUAACGGGUCCUCUAACGGGGCCUCUAACGGGGAAGCUAACGGAGCGCCUAAUCAAAACGACUCCCACCCUAGCAGCAACGGAAACGACGCGGAGAUCACUCUCGUGCAAAGGAAUGGUGUAUACGCGAAACUUAAAAAUGAGACGAACAACCACGUCAGCGGAAGAACCAGAACAUACACCUACAAUGAAGCAGGUCGAACUAAUCACACAAAGCUGGAAGCACAAGAGUCCAUCGAUGUAGGAAGUUUAGUCACCAUGAAUAGCGAGAAUGCCAGUGGAGUUACAAAUGCUAGUAUUAGCGCAAGUGCAAGCGCCAACGGAGCGGAAGAGGGACCCAGCCGAAAAAGGCGUUACAACACAAGAAAGGUUAAAAAUAAAUCCGUGGAAGAGUUAAAUAAGAAAGAAGAAAAGAAUGAGAUCAAGGAGGAAGAUGCUUCUUUUUACAAAGGGAGCAACAAUUCCAGUGUCACUCCACCCACCUCCCGAGCAUACAAUGCGAGGGGGCAUUAUAAUACCAAGGGAAAUUUAAAGCUAAAAGGGGGUACCAUCACAAAGGGAAGAAAUUACAAUAAUAUCAAGCGUAAUAGCAGCAGCUCCAAAGGGAGUGGCGGAAGCUCCAAGGGAGGAAGUAACAGCCUCAGAGGAGUAACCAUAUCCAAGGUCUCCAAGGCUAAGACUAAUAUGAGGAAGGGGGCAGGAAGCAACAGCAUUUCCAAAGGGAAGCAAUCCAAUGGACAAAGCCUUCACAACACAGAAACUUCUAGUUAUAAUCUAACCAAUCGUGGAAGCCGUAACUACCCUGCCACAGCGGAGAGGUACAGCAGCAACAGCUUAACCCGUGAUGAGGUGAAGUCUUACAAAGCAGACAGGAACAAGUCGGUGCAGCCACAAAAUGGGAAGCGACGAAGUAACACGCUUGUGGAGACACUAGACAGUCACCAAGGGGAUAACAGAAAGAAGAAAAAAACUACAGAGGAUAAGUUCAGUUAUCUGGUUAGGAAAGACAAGGGAGAUGGCGAUGGUGGCGGUACUGGUGGUGACCCCGCUGCCAUUUCUGCUUCGGCCUACCACGAGAGUAGUAGCCGUCAUGACCACAAUAGGCCAAGCAGUCAUGCCACGCACAGCAUACAUAACCCACACAAUACGCACAACACGCAGAAGACACGCAACACGCGCAACAGCAGUGUGCACGCUGUGCAGUUUGCGCAGAAGGGGCAGAAUGGGCAGGGUGACCAAAACAGCCACGACGAUUUCCAACAUGUGCAUAGCCUGAAUGCCCGCCCAGGCACCACCCAGAACUACCAACAUGGCACUCCCAAUGAGGGUUACAACAACGGUUAUGAUAGCAGCUAUCGUAGUGCUUACCAUAGCGCCCAGCCGAACCAGCAAAACACUCCAAGCGGCCGUACUCAGCACAACACACGCUCGAGCCAAGACACGCGAUUGAAGAACAGCACGUGCAUCAUAACGGACAAGGAUUUCCAGUUUGAUUCCCCCGAAAAAACCAACGAGAAUUCCUACCUCAUAAAGCCAAUUAACUACGACUACAGCGAUAACAAUGUGUGUAAACAACCAAAUAACCAACCCACAAACAACGAAACAGAGUAUGACUUCGUUUUUUCUAACGACUGCUACUCUGAUUAUUGUAGCCAGAACCCAGAUGAAUAUAAGGCAAAUUUUAUUGACCUUACAAGGGAAGCCUUGUCAUUAAUUCUUCAGGAUCUAAAAAAAAACGUCAUCCCGAAAAUACCCGUAGGGAUAGAGAAAAGAGAAAGGUACACCAACUCCUUGCGCUUAUGUUUGAAAAGUGCCAAAUUUACCAAACACAUUAACGAAUUGGAACCCUACCUGGAGUUAUUUAGCGAGUGUAUAAAAAACAGCAAGCUGCCUAGUCACAUGGCUUUGAAGGACCAGCUGUUUUAUCUGGACAAACUGUGA